AUGAGCUCGAUGCCUGCCUCGUCAACCACUCCCCGCUCACCCUCAGUCCUGUCUGAGCGUCGGAAUUGUAGGUUAUCAGGCUUAUCUGUCACCUCGCCUGUCGACCCUAGCCCGCCCGACGACAAUGGCCAGCCGAACGCGAUUACGGAUGAGAUCAGGAAAAUAAAGCGAUAUGAGGAUUUCACAACGAUUGAUUGGGUCCAGGAUGCUAUUCAGGAACAAGCGCGACGGAGAGCGAAGCGACGAGAUGGGUCUGGGUUCUGGGAUCAGGAAGGCACCUUUGGUUGGAGGCGCAAAGUGAGCGAGUCUUAUGACGCUGGGCAAGCUUGGCUCGUCAUUACAAUCGUUGGUGCCGCUAUCGGAUUGAUCUCAGCUGUAUUGAACAUCAUCACCGAGUGGCUGUCGGAUAUCAAAUUGGGUCAUUGUACGACUGCAUUUUACCUCAAUGAGCAGUUCUGCUGCUGGGGUGCUGAAGGAGGCUGCCCCGAAUGGAAGCCAUGGACUUCCUUUUGGCUUAUCAACUACUUUGUAUACUUCUUCUUCGCGACUUUGUUCGCAUUUAUCGCCGCCACUCUGGUUAAAGUAUUCGCUCCUUACGCUGCAGGGUCCGGUAUAUCAGAAAUUAAAUGCAUUAUUGCCGGGUUCGUGAUGAAAGGCUUCUUAGGUGCCUGGACACUAUUGAUCAAGUCCAUCGCGCUUCCAUUGGCCAUCGCAUCUGGUCUUUCAGUGGGAAAAGAAGGACCCAGUGUGCACUUUGCCGUCUGUACAGGAAAUGUUAUCUCGCGCUUUUUCAGCAAAUAUAAGCUGAACGCGUCGAAAACGAGAGAAGUCCUGACGGCAACGGCUGCGGCUGGUGUGGCAGUGGCAUUUGGGAGUCCAAUUGGUGGGGAAAUGGCAUCUUACUUUCCACUCAAGACUCUUUGGCGAAGUUAUUUCUGCGCUUUGGUCGCAACUAGUGUGUUGGCGAUGAUGAAUCCCUUCAGGACCGGACAACUCGUCAUGUUUCAGGUGCAGUAUGACCGCACGUGGCAUUUUUUCGAACUAAUAUUCUUCGUUCUUCUCGGGAUAUUCGGUGGUCUGUACGGCGCCUUUGUGAUCAAAUGGAAUCUGCGAGUCCAGGCAUUCAGGAAGAAAUAUCUUUCGCAAUAUCCCAUCGUCGAAUCGGUUGUCUUAGCGGGCUUGACUGCGUUCAUUUGUUAUCCGAACAUGUUCUUGAAGAUCAACAUGACCGAGAUGAUGGAGAUUCUGUUCCGUGAAUGCGAAGGAGGGCACGAUUAUCACGGACUUUGCGAGUCCAAGAACCGAUGGACUACGGUUGCAUCCCUAGUGAUUGCUACUAUUUUACGAGUUCUUUUGGUCGUCAUAUCUUACGGUUGUAAAGUGCCGGCCGGCAUUUUCGUCCCGUCGAUGGCCAUUGGAGCGUCCUUUGGUCGCUUGGUAGGGAUUCUUGUCCAAGCCUUGCACGAAGCUUUCCCGAAUUCCGCCUUUUUUGCCUCUUGUCGACCAGAUGUUCCAUGCAUCACUCCUGGGACAUAUGCGUUCUUGGGCGCUGGGGCCGCUCUGAGUGGUAUUAUGCACCUCACAAUAUCCGUAGUGGUCAUUAUGUUUGAACUUACCGGGGCCCUUACUUACAUUCUACCCACCAUGAUUGUGGUGGGAGUCACCAAAGCCGUUAGUGAUCGCUUUGGAAGCGGGGGAAUCGCAGAUCGAAUGAUCUGGUCCAACGGCUUCCCGUUCCUGGACAAUAAAGAAGAGCAUGUCUUCAAUGUGCCUGUCUCCCAGGCCAUGACGCCUGAUCCUGUCUCUCUUCCUGCGGCCGACUUCCCUGUGCGCGAAGCGGAGCAUCUUUUGAACGACAACAAAUUCCAGGGGUUCCCCGUCGUGGAGGAUCGUUCAAGUAAGGUUCUGGUCGGUUACAUCGGCCGCACUGAACUCCGAUACGCGAUUGAUCGGGCAAGGUCGGAGAGUAUGUUGGCUCCUAAUGCCCGGUGUGUAUUCACCAAAGAAGCCGCCGAAGCCGCAGUGGCGCGCAAGGCAUCUGUCUCGAGAAAUCAUUUGGUGCCCAGCACCUUUGAUGCGAUUCAAACUAGUUUAGGGGCACCUUUCGUGGAUUUCAGCAGAUAUGUUGACCACACACCGCUAACUGUGCAUCCCCGCCUGGCACUCGAGACUGUCAUGGAGAUUUUCAAGAAGAUGGGACCGCGAGUGAUCCUGGUUGAGCAUCGUGGUCGGGUCACGGGACUUGUCACUGUCAAGGAUUGCCUGAAAUAUCAGUUCAAGGUGGAGGCCGAGGAGCAAGCUCUCGCAUCAACGCAUACUGCGGCGGACCUUCCACUUGGAGCUCAUCUUAACGGGCGCCAGAGCGAUAGUCUGGAAGAGCGGGUAUGGCGCUUUCUGCAACGUCUGGGCUCGAUGUUGCCACAGUGGUCGCGCCUUAAUCGAGACCACAGGCCAGUGACUUUAGACAACCGGGAGCCAAACAGGGUCCUGAGCGGAACUGAGGAUGAAGAUGCUUUUGUGGAAUUGACGGAGAGACAUUGA